AAAUAGCCGCUACCCCCAUCGCCUUCACAGCCGCCAUCUUGACAGCGCGAAGAGUCAGGUUCCGGGAGAGCUGGAGGCGGAGGUGGUGAUUGGUACGGAUGGUUUCCGCCCGCCUUAGCCCCUCCAAACUCGCCAGUCUUCGGGCCACCGCUCUCGGAAUACCUUGCAAAAGAGAAGAUUUUGCGUCUUUCUCCUCCACUGGAUAUGGCCAAUGUGCUCUGUAACAGAGCCAGACUGGUUUCCUAUCUCCCAGGAUUUUACUCUUUAGUUAAAAGAGUUGUCAAUCCAAAAGCCUUUUCAACUGCAGGAUCAUCAGGUUCAGAUGAAUCUCAUGUGGCCACUGCCCCGCCAGAUAUAUGCUCUCGAACAGUGUGGCCUGAUGAAACUAUGGGACCAUUUGGACCUCAGGAUCAGAGAUUCCAGCUUCCUGGGAACAUAGGUUUUGAUUGUCACCUCAAUGGGACUGCAUCACAGAAGAAAAAUCAGGUUCAUAAAACUUUGCCUGAUGUUCUAGCAGAACCUUUAUCAACUGAAAGACAUGAAUUUGUGAUGGCACAAUAUGUGAAUGAAUUUCAGAGUAAUGAUGGACCUGUUGAACAAGAAGUUAACAGUGCAGAAACUUAUUUUGAAAGUGCCAGAGUAGAGUGUGCAAUCCAGACAUGUCCAGAAUUGCUGCGAAGAGAUUUUGAGUCACUAUUUCCAGAAGUAGCUAAUAGCAAACUAAUGAUUCUGACUGUAACACAGAAAACUAAGAAUGAUAUGACUGUUUGGAGUGAAGAGGUAGAACUUGAAAGAGAAAUGCUCUUAGAAAAGUUCAUUAAUGGUGCUAAGGAAAUCUGCUAUGCUCUUCGAGCUGAAGGCUAUUGGGCUGACUUUAUUGACCCAUCAUCUGGUUUGGCAUUUUUUGGACCAUAUACAAACAGCACUCUUUUUGAAACAGAUGAACGCUAUCGAUAUUUAGGAUUUACUGUUGAUGAUCUUGGCUGCUGUAAAGUGAUCCGUCAUAGUCUCUGGGGUACCCAUGUGGUUGUAGGAAGUAUCUUCACUAAUGCAACACCAGAUAGCCAUAUUAUGAAGAAACUAAGUGGAAACUAGCAAUAAUGUCAUUUUAUUUGCUGUACUAUUUGUAUGUAAUUGGUUGAACAAUAUAAACUGUCAAAGACUACAGUUUUGGAAAUAUACUUAUUUCCAGGUAUUUAUUUCAACAUUUAUGGAUUUACAACACUGGCAAGUGAUUUGGGAUUUUAAGAUCACAAAUGUUAAUUAUUACAUUGUCUUUGAAUACAUGUGGAGCACUUCUACAUUGUACAAAUAUGGUAGUUAACACAUGAUCAGGGUACGAUUGAUCUCUUAUUAUUAAUUCUCCCCUUUAUUGAAAAAGCCUUAGUUUUAAUUAUUUUUUCCAAAAAUCAUAUAUUUGGUUAUGAUAGCAUGUUCUUCUAUUGCAAUAUUUUAAAAUUUUGUUCUUAAAAGAUUUUAAAGAAGCUACAAUAUUAAUUUUUCAGUUGUCUUUAAUAAUACAAAUGAGAAUUCUACAUCCAUUGUAGAUUUUUUCUAAUUUUCUUUUCUCUUUAUUUGUUAAACAUUCUAGAACCAAUCUAAGUAUUACUUUGAAACAACAUAUGGGUAGGAAAAAGAAUAAAGAUAAUACAUCUUUACCUUUUAUAAAAAGCUUAUGAAUCUCAUUCUUAUACACACUGAAAAAAAUUCUUAACUCCUGAGUUGAGCCAAAUAAAUAUAUUUUAUUUUCAGAUAAAGCUA